AUGCGCGUCGAAAAUGAUAAAUAACAUUCAAAUUAAGGGCCGCCUUCAAAUUAACAACGGAUAUCAUAUGGUUAUUACGGAAUAAUUUAUUGCGUGUGUCAAUUAACGCAAAAUAUAACGUUUGAGAUAAAAACAACAAAUAUUGAUUACAAAUCUUCACAGUGAAUGUGCAUCACGGAAAUCAGUUUUGGGAAAUUGGAUGAGUUCAGAGGAGGAGACCUGUGAUGAUCUCGAGGAAGGAUGCGAGGAGUUGGGGGUGGAGCAGUCAACGCCAGAGAAACGGGCCCGCCAUGCAAUCACUGGCCGAGGAGUCACUAUACAGAUGCUGAUGGCUGAUGGGAUGAUUCAGGCUGGGGAAGGAGUCCUCUCUCUUGAAUAUCUGGGUCAGAAGUUCACGGCCGACCUGCUACCCAAUGGGAAGAUCAAGUCCAACGAGACGGGCCAGAUAUUCGGCUCACCCAGCUCCUGGGCAAUAUUCUGUAAGAAGCUCGUGAACCCCGCAAAGAAAUCAGGCUGUGGCUGGGCAUCUGUGAAGUACAAAGGCAGGAAACUGGAUACCUGGAAGACCAGCUGGUUCCGACAGCAGAGGCCCCGCAAACCCAACAUUCCUGGCUCACAGUCACCUGCCAGCAGUCAGGUCAGUGACAGUCUUGACUCAUGCCAGAAAGAUGAUUUCCCCUCAGACAUGACUGACCCUCCUGCUGAACAAUUCCAGCAUUCCCAGUUGGAUCUCGUCACCGACGUGGCAACCAAGCUUGCCGUCUCUGAUAGUUGUAUUUCCUCGGCAGUUGGGCCUGGGUCUAGUCUGAAUGUACCGGAUCUGAGUGAAAUAAAGAAAGAGGUGGUUGCGGAGGAUAAUUUUGUACUGGACUUGACAACCAAGCCAAAAAAAGUGGAGACAAAUGUUGGGGUCACCUCAACUGUCACAGAAACCAGUAACCUGUGUUUUAUGGGAGAGCAGGAAGAAGCUCUGAACCUGUCCUUGAAGCCUGCCCAGUCACGAGCAUCCCCAGAAGUGGAGAAACCUCAGGAGGCCAAUGAUCGAUGUCACAACACGCCUGUCAAGCAUUCCAAGCUUAUGGAUAUGGGCAAGCAUCUAGACAAAAAGCAGCUUGUGAAGUGUGAAACCUUUGCCAGUCUAGGCAAGCUGCAGCCAUAUUCAGUCACCAUGUCAACCAAUGCUUUACUGCUGAUGGAUUUUCACUGCCAUCUGACUACCAGUGAAGUGGUUGGCUACUUCGGAGGCAAGUGGGACCCCGCCUGUCAGCAUUUGUCCAUCCUUCAGGCAUUCCCAUGCCGCUGUCGCCUAGGAGACUCACACAGUGCCCCGCUGGUGGAAGAAGAGAUCCGGCUUCGAAUGUGUAACAAGGGUAUGAUGUUGGUUGGCUGGUACCACUCCCACCCAUACUGCCAGCCGGAGCCCUCCGUGCGCGACAUUGAGUGCCAGAUGUCGUAUCAGCUGCAGAUGAAAAACAACAAGUCAUCCACCUAUUAUCCAUGUGUCGCAAUUAUUAAUUCACCAUACAAUGCCGGUUCCCUGCACACAGAGUCUUCCCAGCAGAUGUACAUGGCAAUGCCACCACCUGAGGGUUACCUGUCUGAUGUUGGCGUCCCUAUGUCUUUGAAGUAUUCAACAAAACAGAACCAGUCCCUGGAUGAAGAACUACUCCCUGAAAUGCGUCUGUGUGCAGAAUUCUAUAGAAAUUCGCCCGAUUGGAUAACCUUUCAACACAGCUGGCACCCAGGGAUCACUUUCUUAGAGAAACUGAAGACUUCACUGAGUGGCAAGUCACCAAAAGACAAGUCAGAUAGCUCCACAUUUCUGGACUUUGUUCAACACGUCUUGACAACAUGAACCCCUAUUGACCUUCUCUCAUAAUCUUUGUCACUUUCUUUCAUGUGUGUAGAAUUUAAGUUCAUUGACUUAUUGAAGAAGAGUUUCACAGUUGUUUUGUUCAUGAACAUUUCUGCAUUUUAGUUUAAUAAUAAAAUACUUUAUUUAUUCUCUUUGUCAAUUGCUUCAAUUCGAAAGAAAUGCAUCUGUGUCAUAAAAAUGUGAAUCUUUUUUUUUCAAUUUCAAUUAACAGCAGGUUCUGUAUUUAAGUGAGUAUUCUUUAUAAAAUUGUUUUCCAAUCUUGUUCACUUGCGACAAUUGUUAUGUGUUGUGAAAUAAAAACAAAUCCAGUUUUUAUAACUCUGUAUGUAGUGCAAUAAAAUUUGAAUACAUUGUAUUGUGGAAA